AUGUCCUCCACUCUGCCCUACGAGCUUGUGGAGCACAUCAUCAGCGAAGUCUCGCACUUCCCAACUCUCAAAUCCUGUUGUUUGGCUGGGUCUACCUUCGUUCAGCCUUGCCAACGCCGACUCCAUACAAAGAUCCUCCUCAACUUUGCCAUGAAAGAGCAGGCUCGUGCUCGAACCGCCUCCAAGGUUGUAGAACACUUUGACGAGUCCCCUCACCUUGCGGCCUAUGUGACCAGACUCGAGCUCGAUAAUAUCCAAGACUCUCAUCCAAUACGCGACGUCAUACGCGUCUUACGCCUUCUCACAAACAUCAAACACCUCAGCAUCGCUGUUUCAGAGGAUUGCAAGCACAACUGGAAUGAUCUACCCAAGAAAGUUACUUCUACAAUCUUCAGUUGGGUCGAGCAGCUUUCCGGGGCACUCGACACUCUUGUGUUGUUGCGACUGAAGAUGAUACCACUCCCGAUCAUGCUACGAAUGGUUACAAUGACCCGAUCAUUGACCAUCACAUACGGUAGUGUGGAAGGAGUCUCCAAAUCAGCGCCCUCGUUACCUGCCGUAAAAACGGAGCUCCACCAUCUCGAUUUUUCGCAUAGUCCAAGUCUUGGACCGCUCAUUCUCCGACGAGAAUAUCGAACUCUGGCCAACCAUAUUCGCUCUCUUGUCGCCCAACCGUUGAACGCUGACACCGUCACCUUAUGUGCUCUCACUGCUCGGAAUCUGGAGCGCCUUCGCGUUACAUUCACAAACGUCAACCAAGUCCCGCCCUCCAUUUUCCCCUCCCAUUACCCGAAUCUAACCCAUCUUCGACUGACCAUUCAUUCUCACCCGAUGAAUGAUAAUCUUGUCUCCAACUUCUCGUUCUCUCCGCUCCUCCGUGUCGCCUUAGACCCCGCUUCCACCCGCGGGUUCCGGUCCUUGACUUUCUAUAUCAUCACGCAUGUCGACGCUCAUUACCGCUCUCGUCGAUUUGCGCGCUACACAUUUCCCAAAGCCAUCGCAAUGAUGCGCUUGGACAGUCUCCUUGAGCGGCAUCCAAUGGUAAAGUCUGUCAAGUGUUUUGCCGCGUUCGACUCCCGCGACGACCCGAUCCAAUGCUUUGAGCCCUUCGCAGCAGCCGUGAGGCAACAGCUUCCUGGGGUCUCGGCAAAGGGAAUGCUCAAUAUAGUCGCAGCACCGACUCUGGUUUGA